AUGGCUCAACCUACCGUCUCAGGAGGCUAUGGCAAGGUCAAGUCCGUCCUGAGUGGAGACACCUUGAUCUUGACAAAUCCCGCGAACCCGGCUCUGGAGCGUACCCUGUCAUUGGCCUAUGUCAGCGCGCCGCGUCUGAGCAAGGAUGGCGAUGAGCGUUUCGGCUUCGACUCUCGAGAAUUCUUGAGGGCGCUCACUGUCGGCAAGGUUGUCAAAUUCAAAGUGAACUACACUGUGCCCACCUCUCAGCGGGACUAUGGCACAGCGGAGCUGCCAGGUGACGUCCUUCUGCCCGACGAACUCGUGAAGGCAGGUUGGGUCAAGGUUCGCGAGGACGCAGGAAAGAAGGAGGAUGAUGAAGCCAUCCUGCAGCGGAUUGACAACCUUCGUAACUUGGAGAGCAAGGCCAAGAACGAGAACUUGGGGCUCUGGGCGACCACUGGUGGCGUGAUCGAGGUUCAGAACGACCUUGGUCACCCGCAAUUCCUCGAGGAGUGGAAGGGCAAGACCGUCGAUGGCGUUGUCGAGCGGGUCCUCAGCGGUGAUCGAUUACUGGUACGAAUUUUCUUGUCGGACAAGAAGCAUCUCCAGGUCAUGACCCUCCUGGCCGGCAUCCGCACCCCUGCCACUGCACGGCCGCUUGUUUCCACCGGCGGCACGCAACCAGCGGAGGAGUAUGGCAACGAGGCAAGGGCAUUUGUCGAGACCAGACUGCUCCAACGCCACGUCAAGGUGCACAUUCUCGGAGCGAGUCCCCAGGGCCAACUCGUAGCGACUGUGCUGCAUCCCAACGGAAACGUCGCCGAGUUCCUUCUCCAAGAAGGUCUGGCUCGGUGCAACGACUUCCACUCCACCAUGCUCGGAGACAAGAUGGCUGCUCUGCGUGCAGCCGAGAAAAAGGCUCAAGGCAACAAGUUGAAGCUGCACAAAAACCACGUCGCCAAGGCAGACGCCAAGGAAUCCGAGAUGACUGUCACCAAGGUGAUUGGUGCGGAUACCAUCCUCGUCAGGACCAAGACGGGCGAGGAGAAGCGUAUCAACUUCAGCAGCGUGCGUGGACCCCGGACCAACGAGGCGUCCGAGGCCGCUUUCAAGGACGAGGCCAAGGAAUUUCUGCGCAAGAAGAUCAUUGGCAAGCAUGUCAAGGUUACCGUUGAUGGUUCCAAGCCGGCCGCCGACGGCUUUGAGGCCCGUGAUGUUGCGACUGUCACCCAAAAUGGCAAGAACAUUGGCCUGACCUUGGUGCAAGAGGGUUAUGCCUCAGUCAUCCGCCACCGAAAAGACGAUACUGACCGGUCUCCCAACUAUGACGAGCUGCUUGCCGCGCAGGAGACGGCCAAGACCGAGAAGAAGGGAAUGUGGUCUGGGAAGGCCCCGAAGACCAAGACCCUUGUCGACGCAUCAGAGAGCUUGCAGAGGGCGAAGCUGAAUCUGGGUACUCUCCAACGUCAGAAGAAGAUUCCGGGUGUGGUUGACUUCUGCAAGUCCGGAUCUCGUUUUACCAUCCUGAUCCCCCGCGAGGGUGUCAAGUUGACCCUUGUCCUGGCUGGCAUUCGCGCCCCUCGAGCGGGUCGGUCGCCAGAGGAGAAGGGCGAACCUUUCGGCAACGAGGCUCUGGAGCUGGCGAACAAGCGCUGCAACCAGCGAGAUGUUGAGAUUGAUGUUUACGACAUCGACAAGAUCGGAGGCUUCAUUGGUGAUCUCUAUGUCGGACGUGAGAGCUUUGCGAAGAUAUUGGUUGAGGAGGGUCUGGCCUCUGUCCACCAAUACUCUGCUGAGAAGUCAGGAAUCGCGGCGGAGCUUAAUGCGGCGGAGAAGAAGGCGAAGGAGGGCCGCAAGGGCAUGUGGCACGAUUGGGACCCUUCACAGGAGCAGCAGGAGGAGGCGGAAGAGGAGACGCCCGUUGAGACUGCGGCAAAUGACGUGCCAGUGAAUGUCAAGCGCGAGUACCGCGAGGUGUCGGUUACCAGCAUCGAUGACAACGGCAGGAUCAAGAUCCAGGAGGUGGGCCAGGGCACAGCCUUGUUGGACCAGCUGUCAUCGAGGUUCCAGAAGUUCCACCUGGACCCCAAGAACAAUAUCCGCCUCAAGGGUGCGCCCAAGGCCGGCGACCUGGUGGCCGCCAAGUGGUCCGAGGAUGGCUAUUGGUACCGUGCACGGAUCCGAUCCAACGACCGGACUGCGCAGCAAGCUGAAGUCGUCUUCAUCGACUACGGCAACACGGAAAAGUUCCCGUGGAGCGAGCUGCGGCCUCUGGACCAGGCCGAGUUCGGCACGCAGAAGCUGAAGCCGCAGGCCGCAGAUGCAUCCCUCUCACUCCUGCAACUUCCCACGGCGCCGCAAUACUUCAACGAGACCAAGGCGUUCCUCACUGAGGUCCUCUCUGGCAAGGCCAAGUGGAUCGUGAGCUACGACUUUGUUGACUCCAAGGAGGGUCUGACCUACAUUACGGUCUACGAGGACAAGGAACCCCGGCCCAAGGCACACGAAUCGAUCAACCGCGAGGUGUUGCUCGAAGGACUGGGCAUGGUGCCCCGGAAACUGAAGAGUUGGGAGCGCAGCCCGGCCUUGAGCGAGAUCCUAAAGGCAUACAAGGAGGCGGAGAGCGAGGCCAAGGACAACCGCGCAGGCAUGUGGGAGUACGGCGAUCUCACGGAGGACUAGGUGCUAUUGUGACCAAUGGGCCCUCUGAUCCCAGGUUCUUCAUCCUUCGUGUUCUUUCAUAUUACUAAAUCAAAAUCAUCCUACUGAACACAGCAUGCAACUAGGGAAAGGAAAAUAAAGAGGAAGAGAGCGGGGAAAAGACUUGGAACGCCGGGAAAGGGGGGAAGGGGGGGAAAAAAAGGAAGGGGAAAAAGGCAUUGAAAGGUUGCGAGUCUAUUCAUACGCAUGCAUGCUGCCCAGACAGCUGGUAGAAGGUGUGGCAGGCUCAAGCCAUGCAGAUAGUAGCAAAUGGCAUUGGGAAUACAGGCUGUUAUGAC